GCACAUGAGAAUAUAGUGUUCUCACGGAUCUGUGCAGGCUGCUGCCCAGUCUGUUCCUGGCACCACCAUGGCCUUUGUACCAGCGCCCAGUCCCACUGUGGUCGAUCAGACCACACUCAUGAAGAAAUACCUGCAAUUUGUGGCAGCGCUCACCGAUGCCAACACACCGGAUGAAACGAAGCUGAAGAUGAUGCAGGAGGUCAGCGAGAACUUUGAGAAUGUUACCUCUUCACCUCAGUACUCCACCUUCCUGGAACACAUCAUCCCUCGUUUCCUUACGUUCCUUCAAGAUGGAGAGGUGCAGUUUCUUCAAGAAAAACCCACACAGCAAUUGAGGAAGUUAGUGCUGGAAAUCAUUCACCGCAUCCCAGCGAAUGAGCACCUUCGAUCACACACCAAGAACAUCUUGUCUGUGAUGUUUCGCUUCCUGGAGAUUGAAAGUGAAGAAAAUGUACUUAUUUGCCUUCGCAUCAUUAUCGAACUUCACAAGCAGUUCCGCCCUCCAAUCUCUCAGGAGAUUCACCACUUUCUGGACUUUGUGAAGCAGAUUUACAAAGAUCUUCCCAAAGUGGUGUCCAGGUACUUUGAGAAUCCACAGGUCAUUGCAGAGAACACCGUUCCGUCACCGGAAAUGGUGGGCAUCAUCACGUCUGUGUUGGUGAAGACUGCACCGGAGAGAGAAGACAGCGAAACCCGAACACACACCAUCAUCCCUCGGGGAUCAUUAUCUCUCAAAGUGCUGGCAGAGCUCCCCAUCAUAGUGGUGCUGAUGUAUCAACUGUACAAGCUGAAUAUUCACAACGUGGUGUCAGAGUUUGUACCCCUCAUCAUGAACACCAUCAUGCUCCAGGUGUCUCCUCAGGCCAGGCAACACAAACUUUAUAACAAGGAGCUUUACGCUGAUUUCAUCGCUGCCCAAAUCAAGACCCUGUCUUUUCUGGCUUACAUCAUUCGGAUCUACCAGGACCUGGUGGGCAAGUACUCUCAACAGAUGGUGAAGGGCAUGCUGCAGCUGCUGACCAACUGCCCCCCCGAAACCGCUCAUCUCCGCAAGGAGCUGCUCAUCGCUGCCAAGCACAUCCUCACCACAGACCUGCGCAGCCAGUUUAUCCCGUGCAUGGACAAACUUUUUGAUGAAUCUAUCCUGAUCGGCUCUGGCUACACCGCCCGGGAGACUCUUAGACCCCUGGCCUACAGCACUCUGGCAGACCUGGUCCACCACGUUCGUCAGAACCUGCCCCUGACGGACCUGUCCCUCGCCGUGCAGCUCUUCGCCAAAAACAUCGACGACGAGUCGCUCCCCAGUAACAUCCAGACCAUGUCUUGCAAGCUGCUCCUCAACCUGGUGGACUGCAUCCGCUCCAAGUCGGAGCAGGAAAACGGGAACGGACGGGACAUUCUGAUGAGGAUGCUGGAAGUGUUUGUGCUGAAAUUCCACACCAUCGCACGCUACCAGCUUGUGUCCAUCUUCAAGAAAUGCAAACCUCAGUCUGAAAUGGGCGUGGUCGAUCCGGGGGCGUUGCCCGGGGUACCGGCCACGCCCACUCCCUCCACCACCCCGGCCAUUCCCCCACCAGCUCCCCCGACGCCCGUCGCCGCAGCACCAGCACCACCGGCCACGCCCUUCGACCGGCCCGGGGAUAAGGAGGACAAACAGACCUUUCAGGUGUCGGACUGUCGCAGUCUAGUCAAGACGCUGGUGUGCGGAGUGAAGACGAUCACGUGGGGCAUCACCUCCUGCAAAGCUCCUGGAGAGCCACAAUUCAUCCCCAACAAGCAACUCCAGCCAAAAGAGACCCAAAUCUACAUUAAACUGGUCAAAUAUGCCAUGCAGGCCCUGGACAUCUACCAGGUACAGGUGGCCAAUAACCAGCAGACGUACAUCAGAGUGGCCAAUUGCCAGACCGUGCGCAUGAAGGAGGAGAAGGAGGUUCUGGAGCACUUUGCGGGGGUUUUCACCAUGAUGAACCCACUCACAUUCAAAGAGAUCUUCCAGACCACUGUGCCGUACAUGGUGGAGAGGAUCUCCAAGAACUACGCACUGCAGAUUGUGGCGAAUUCCUUCUUGGCUAACUUGUCAACGUCGGCUCUGUUCGCGACUAUCUUGGUAGAGUAUCUCCUUGAGAGGCUGCCAGAGAUGGGCUCGAACGUUGAACUGUCAAACCUCUACCUCAAGCUCUUCAAAUUAGUCUUUGGCUCUGUGUCGUUAUUUGCUGCCGAGAAUGAGCAGAUGCUGAAGCCGCACCUCCACAAGAUAGUGAACAGCUCGAUGGAGCUGGCCCAGUCUGCUAAGGAACCAUACAACUACUUCCUGCUUCUUCGCGCCCUCUUUCGUUCCAUCGGUGGAGGGAGCCAUGACCUUCUUUACCAGGAGUUUCUGCCUCUUCUACCCAACCUGUUGCAGGGUCUAAACAUGCUGCAGAGUGGCCUGCACAAACAGCACAUGAAGGACCUGUUUGUGGAGCUGUGUCUGACGGUGCCGGUGCGCCUCAGCUCCUUGCUGCCCUACCUGCCCAUGUUAAUGGAUCCGCUGGUGUCUGCACUCAACGGCUCUCAGACCCUGGUCAGUCAGGGCCUUCGUACCCUGGAGCUGUGUGUGGACAACCUACAGCCAGACUUCCUCUACGACCAUAUUCAGCCCGUCAGGGCUGAACUCAUGCAGGCCUUGUGGCGUACCCUCCGUAAUCCAGCAGAGAGCAUCUCCCAUGUGGCUUACCGGGUGCUCGGGAAGUUUGGAGGCAGCAACAGAAAGAUGCUGAAGGAGUCUCAGAGGCUGCAUUAUGUGGUUACGGAGGUCCAGGGGCCCAGCAUCAAGGCUGAAUUCACUGACUGCAAGGCAUCUAUACAACUUCCCAUGGAGAAGGCAAUAGAAACGGCUCUUGACUGCCUGAAGAGUGCCAACACGGAGCCUUACUACAGACGCCAGGCCUGGGAGGUCAUUAAAUGUUUCCUGGUGGCCAUGACCAGCCUGGACGACAAUAAACAUGCUCUCUACCAGCUUCUGUCCCAUCCCAACUUUGCUGAGAAGUGGAUUCCUAAUGUCAUCAUCUCUCACCGCUACAAAGCACAAGACACACCUGCCCGCAGAACUUUUGAACAGGCUUUAACUGGGGCAUUCAUGUCCGCUGUGAUAAAGGACCUGAGGCCCAGCGCGCUGCCUUUCGUAGCCAGUCUCAUUCGCCAUUACACCAUGGUGGCAGUGGCCCAGCAGUGUGGACCUUUCCUGCUGCCUUGCUACCAGCUUGGAAGCCAGCCAAGCACGGCCAUGUUCCACAGCGAGGAGAACGGUUCAAAGGGCAUGGACCCGCUGGUUCUCAUCGACGCCAUAGCCAUCUGCAUGGCCUAUGAGGAGAAGGAGCUUUGUAAGAUCGGGGAGGUGGCCCUGGCUGUCAUCUUUGAUGUGGCCAGCAUCAUACUGGGCUCCAAAGAGAGGGCGUGUCAGCUGCCCUUGUUCUCCUACAUCGUCGAGCGUUUGUGCGCCUGCUGCUACGAGCAGGCCUGGUACGCCAAGCUCGGGGGUGUGGUGUCCAUCAAAUUUCUGAUGGAGAGGCUGCCUCUGAUCUGGGUGCUGCAGAACCAGCUCACAUUUCUCAAAGCCCUGCUCUUUGUCAUGAUGGAUCUCACAGGAGAGGUGUCGAAUGGGGCAGUGGCCAUGGCAAAGACCACUCUGGAGCAGCUGCUGGUCCGCUGCGCCACUCCGCUGAAAGAAGAGGAAAAGACUGAAGAGCUGCUGGCUGCCCAGGACAAAUCGUUUCACAUGGUCACCCAUGACCUGGUCCGGGAAGUCACCUCCCCCAACUCCACUGUCAGGAAACAGGCCAUGCACUCCUUACAGGUGCUGGCACAGGUCACUGGCAAAAGUGUCACAGUCAUCAUGGAGCCACAUAAAGAGGUGUUACAAGAUAUGGUUCCUCCCAAGAAGCACCUUCUGCGCCACCAGCCCGCCAACGCUCAAAUCGGUCUGAUGGAGGGCAACACGUUCUGCACCACCCUGCAGCCCCGCCUCUUCACAAUGGAUCUCAACGUCAUGGAGCACAAAGUCUUUUACACAGAGCUGUUGAACCUAUGCGAAGCAGAGGAUGCUGCUCUAAUGAAACUCCCAUGUUACAAGAGCCUUCCGUCCCUGGUUCCUCUGCGAAUAGCAGCCCUCAAUGCCCUGGCUGCGUGCAACUACCUGCCACAGUCCAGAGAAAAGAUCAUCGCCGCCCUGUUCAAAGCCCUGAACUCCACCAACAAUGAACUGCAAGAAGCGGGCGAGGCAUGCAUGAGGAAGUUCCUGGAGGGUGCCACUAUUGAGGUGGACCAGAUCCACACUCACAUGCGUCCGCUGCUGAUGAUGCUGGGCGACUACCGAAGCCUGACCCUCAACGUGGUCAACCGCCUGACCUCCGUCACGCGUCUCUUUCCCAACUCCUUCAACGACAAAUUCUGUGAUCAGAUGAUGCAACACCUGCGGAAAUGGAUGGAAGUGGUCGUAAUAACGCACAAAGGAGGCCAGCGCAGCGACGGCAGCCCUGCGAUGGAGGGUGUCGAGGAGAUGAAGAUCUGUUCUGCCAUCAUUAACCUUUUCCACCUGAUCCCAGCUGCACCUCAGACUCUAGUUAAACCACUUCUGGAGGUGGUCAUGAAAACAGAAAGGGCGAUGCUCAUUGAGGCCGGCAGUCCAUUCAGAGAGCCUUUGAUCAAGUUCCUAACGCGCCACCCAUCGCAGACGGUGGAGCUGUUCAUGAUGGAGGCCACGCUCAACGAUCCCCAGUGGAGCCGCAUGUUCAUGAGUUUCCUGAAACACAAAGAUGCCAAGCCACUCAGAGACGUGUUGGCCUCCAACCCUAACCGCUUCGUGCCCCUGCUGGUUCCGGCUAGCACCGCCACUACCGUUCGGCCUGGAUCUCCCUCCACCACCACAGUUCGGCUGGACCUGCAGUUUCAGGCCAUUAAGAUUAUCAGCAUCAUAGUCAAGAACGACGAGGGUUGGCUGGCAGGGCAGCACUCCCUGGUCAGUCAGCUUAGGCGAGUCUGGGUCAGCGAGGCUUUCCAGGAAAGACAUCGCAAAGACAACAUGGCUGCCACCAACUGGAAAGAGCCCAAGCUGUUGGCCUACUGCUUGCUAAGCUACUGCAAGCGGAACUACUCGGAGAUCGAGCUACUCUUCCAGCUGCUGCGCGCCUUCACAGGCCGCUUCCUUUGCAACAUGACCUUCCUAAAAGAGUACAUGGAAGAGGAGAUUCCAAGGAACUACUCCAUUGCCCAGAAACGCGCGCUGUUCUUCCGCUUUGUCGAGUUCAACGACCCGCAUUUCAACGACGAGCUGAAAGCAAAGGUUCUGCAGCAUAUCUUGAACCCGGCCUUCCUGUACAGCUUUGAGAAGGGGGAAGGUGAGCAGCUGCUCGGUCCACCCAACCCUGAAGGAGACAAUCCUGAGAGCAUUACCAGUGUUUUCAUCACCAAGGUUCUGGACCCGGAGAAGCAGGCCGACUUGUUGGACUCGCUGCGGAUCUGCCUGCUGCAGUUCUCCACCCUCCUGGUGGAGCACGCCCCCCACCACAUCCACGACAACAACAAGUCGCGCAACAGCAAGCUGCGCCGCCUGAUGACCUUUGCGUGGCCGUGCCUUUUGCCCAAAGCCUGCGUGGACCCGGCCUGCAAAUACAGCGGUCACCUGCUGCUGGCCCACAUCAUCGCAAAGUUUGCCAUUCACAAGAAGAUUGUGCUGCAGGUGUUCCACAGUCUGUUGAAAGCCCACACAAUGGAGGCCCGGGCUAUUGUCCGGCAGGCCAUGGCCAUCCUCACCCCAGCCGUGCCCGCUCGCAUGGAAGACGGCCACCAGAUGCUAACACACUGGACUCGCAAGAUCAUCGUGGAGGAGGGACACACUGUACCGCAGCUGGUCCACAUACUCCAUCUUAUUGUGCAGCACUUCAGGGUCUACUACCCCGUCCGCCACCACUUGGUCCAGCACAUGAUCAGCGCCAUGCAACGCCUGGGCUUCACGCCCAGCGUGACCAUAGAGCAACGGAAGCUGGCCGUGGACCUGGCCGAAGUGGUCAUUAAGUGGGAGUUGCAACGGAUCAAAGACCAGCAGCCGGAAACCGAAACUGAAGUGGUGGCCAGCGAAGGAACCAGCGCGGGGGCCGUGAAAAGAGGGCUGUCUCUGGAGUCUGCCGCUACCGGACAGGACGUGAAGAGAUUCCGCACAGCAACAAGUGCCGCUUCCACGGUGUUUGGACGUAGCCAGUCAAUGCCAGGGACAGAGACCAUGCUCACCAAGCCUGUUGAGAAACAGCACACAGAUACCGUGGUCAACUUCCUGAUUAGGAUUGCCUGCCAGGUGAACGACAGCACCAAUGUGGCGGGCUCUCCGGGUGAACUGCUGUCGCGGCGCUGCGUUAGCCUGAUGAAGACCGCCCUGAGGCCUGACAUGUGGCCGCGUGCGGAGCUCAAGCUGCAGUGGUUUGACAAACUGCUAAUGACAGUGGAACAGCCAGCCCAAGCCAACAUCUCAAACAUCUGCACGGGUCUGGAGAUUCUGUGCUUCCUGUUGACCGUGCUGCAGUCCCCAGCCAUUCUGGCCCACUUCAAGCCUCUCCAGCGGGGCAUCGCCGCGUGCAUGACCUGCGGCAACACGAAGGUCUUGCGUGCGGUCCACUCCCUCCUCUCCCGCCUAAUGAGCAUCUUCCCCACCGAGCCAAGCACGUCGACCGUGGCGUCUAAAUACGAGGAACUGGAGUGUUUGUACGCGGCGGUGGGCAAAGUCAUCUAUGAGGGUUUAACCAACUAUGAAAAAGCCACCAGCAACACGAACCCCACGCAGCUCUUUGGAACGCUGAUGAUCCUGAAGUCGGCCUGCAGCUAUAAUGCCAGCUACAUAGACCGCCUCAUCUCUGUGUUCAUGCGCUCGCUACACAAAAUGGUUCGGGAACACCUGAGCCCUCAGCAGGCUAACCCCGGGGUCACGGAAACCAGCACAGUGACCAGUGAACUGGUGAUGCUGAGUCUUGACCUGGUUAAGACUCGACUGUCGGUCAUGAGCAUGGACAUGAGGAAGAACUUCAUCCAAGUUAUCCUCACGUCUCUGAUCGAGAAGUCGCCUGACCCCAAAAUCCUCCGUGCUGUAGUCAAGAUCGUGGAGGAGUGGGUGAAGAACAAUUCGCCCAUGGCAGCCAACCAGAUGCCAAACCUGCGUGAGAAGUCCAUUUUACUGGUGAAGAUGAUGACCUACAUCGAGAAGCGUUUUCCUGAUGAACUUGAGUUAAAUGCCCAGUUCCUGGACCUCGUUAAUUAUGUCUACAGGGACGAGAGCCUUUCCGGAAGUGACAUCACGUCGAAGUUGGAGCCAGCCUUUCUCUCAGGGCUCCGCUGCACUCAGCCAUCAAUCAGGGCCAAGUUCUUUGAGGUGUUUGACGCCUCCAUGAAGCGGCGCGUCUAUGAGAGGUUGCUCUACAUCUGCUGCUCUCAGAACUGGGAGGCAAUGGGCAGCCACUUUUGGAUCAAACAGUGCAUCGAGCUGCUGCUGGCCGUUUGUGAGCGAAACACCAUCAUUGGCACCAGCUGCCAGGGUUCCAUGCUUCCCUCCAUCACCAACGUCAUCAACCUGGCCGACAGCCAUGACCGCGCCGCCUUCGCCAUGGCGACUCACGUCAAACAGGAGCCUCGUGAGAGGGAAAACAGCGAGACCAAGGAAGAGGAUGUGGAGAUUGACAUAGAAUUAGCCCCAGGAGACCAGACGGCUCUUCCCAAAACGAAGGAGCAGGCAGAGAGAGACACCGGCAACCAACUGCACAUGCUAACCAACCGCCACGACAAGUUCCUCGACUCAUUACGGGAAGUUAAGACGGGCGCUCUCCUGAAUGCCCUAGUCCAGCUCUGCCACAUCUCCACACCUCUGGCUGAAAGGACCUGGGUUCAGCUUUUCCCUCGCCUCUGGAAAAUCCUGUCUGACAGACAGCAACAUGCUUUGUCUGGUGAAAUGAGCCCUUUCCUCUGCAGCGGCAGUCACCAGGCUCAGAGGGACUGCCAGCCCAGUGCCCUGAACAGCUUUGUGGAAGCCAUGUCCCAGUGUGUGCCUCCCAUUCCCAUCCGCCCCUGUGUUCUCAAGUACUUGGGCAAGACGCACAACCUAUGGCUGCGCUCCACGCUCAUGCUGGAGCAGCAGGCGUUUGAGAAGGGCCUCAGCCUGCACAGUAAACCAAAGCAGAGCACCGAGUUCUAUGAACAGGAGAGCAUCACACCGCCUCAACAGGAGAUCUUGGACUCUUUGGCAGAGCUCUACUCUCUGCUCCAAGAAGAGGACAUGUGGGCAGGCUUAUGGCAGAAGAGGUGCAAGUUUCCUGAGACCGCAACGGCCAUCGCAUACGAGCAGCAUGGCUUCUUCGAGCAGGCCCAGGAAAGUUACGAGAAAGCGAUGGAGAAGGCCAGGAAAGAGCACGAGAGGAGUAACGUCUCCCCAGCCAUUUUCCCUGAGUACCAGCUGUGGGAGGACCACUGGAUACGCUGUUCCAAAGAACUAAACCAGUGGGAACCACUGACUGAAUACGGCCAGUCGAAAGGCCACUCAAACCCUUAUCUGGUGUUUGAGUGCGCUUGGAGGGUUUCCAAUUGGGCUGCCAUGAAGGAGGCUCUGGUUCAGGUGGAGCUCAGCUGUCCGAAGGAGAUGAAUUGGAAGGUGAACAUGCAUCGCGGCUAUCUGGCCAUCUGCAACCCAGAGGAGCAGCAGCUCAACUUCAUCGAGCGGCUGGUGGAGCUGGCUUCGAGCAUGGCCAUCCGCGAGUGGAGGCGGCUGCCUCACAUCGUGUCCCACGUGCACACGCCCCUGCUGCAGGCAGCGCAGCAGAUCAUCGAACUGCAGGAGGCGGCCCAGAUCAACGCCGGGCUUCAGCCCGCAAACCUGGGCCGCAACACCAGCCUCCACGACAUGAAGACCGUGGUGAAAACCUGGAGGAAUCGACUUCCCAUCGUUUCUGACGACUUGUCCCACUGGAGCAGCAUAUUCAUGUGGCGCCAACACCACUACCAAGCCAUUGUGACGGCAUACGAGACAAACACGCAACACGACCCGAACAACAACAACGCCAUGCUGGGAGUCCACGCCUCCGCUUCGGCCAUCAUUCAGUACGGCAAGAUCGGCCGCAAACAGGGCUUGGUGAACGUGGCCCUGGACAUUCUGAGUCGCAUCCACACCAUCCCCACCGUGCCCAUUGUCGACUGCUUCCAAAAGAUCAGACAGCAGGUCAAGUGCUACCUGCAGCUGGCCGGAGUCAUGGGGAAGAACGAAUGCAUGCAGGGUUUGGAGGUGAUCGAGUCGACCAACCUGAAGUACUUCACCAAGGAGAUGACGGCAGAAUUCUACGCUCUUAAGGGCAUGUUCUUGGCACAAAUCAACAAGUCAGAGGAGGCCAACAAGGCCUUUUCAGCGGCGGUGCAGAUGCAUGACGUCCUGGUGAAGGCCUGGGCCAUGUGGGGGGACUACCUGGAAAACAUCUUCGUCAAGGACCGCCAACUCCACUUGGGAGUCUCCGCCAUUACCUGCUACCUCCAUGCAUGUCGCCACCAAAAUGAGAGCAAAUCCCGCAAGUACCUCGCAAAGGUUCUGUGGCUGCUCAGCUUCGACGACAAGAACACGCUGGCAGACGCUGUGGACAAAUACUGUAUCGGAGUGCCGCCCAUCCAGUGGUUGGCAUGGAUACCACAGCUUCUAACGUGCUUGGUGGGGUCAGAGGGCAAACCCCUCCUCAACCUCAUCAGCCAGGUGGGACGAGUGUACCCCCAGGCUGUCUACUUCCCGAUCCGCACCCUUUACCUGACUCUCAAGAUUGAGCAGAGAGAACGUUACAAAAGUGACGCGUCCGGUCAGCAGCAGCCCAGCUCGGUGGGGGCCCAGCCCCACUCCGGGGCCUCCGACCCGGGACCCAUCCGAGCCACCGCGCCCAUGUGGCGCUGCAGCCGGAUCAUGCACAUGCAGCGGGAGCUGCACCCCACCCUGCUCUCCUCCCUGGAAGGCAUCGUGGACCAGAUGGUUUGGUUCAGAGAGAACUGGCAUGAGGAGGUUUUGAGGCAGCUCCAGCAGGGUCUGGCCAAGUGCUACUCCGUGGCCUUCGAGAAGAGCGGCGCCGUGUCCGACGCCAAGAUCACGCCACACACCCUUAACUUUGUCAAGAAGCUGGUCAGCACCUUCGGCGUGGGCCUGGAGAACGUCUCCAACGUCUCCACCAUGUUCUCCAGCGCCGCCUCAGAGUCGCUGGCCCGCCGGGCCCAGGCAACCGCCCAGGACCCCGUUUUCCAGAAGAUGAAGGGACAGUUCACAACAGACUUUGACUUCAGUGUGCCAGGCUCCAUGAAGCUCCACAACCUGAUUUCGAAGCUGAAGAAGUGGAUCAAGAUCUUGGAGGCAAAGACCAAGCAGCUGCCCAAAUUCUUCCUCAUCGAGGAGAAGUGCCGCUUCCUCAGCAACUUCUCCGCACAAACUGCCGAAGUGGAGAUCCCCGGUGAAUUCCUGAUGCCCAAACCCACACACUACUACAUCAAAAUUGCCAGGUUCAUGCCCAGAGUGGAGAUCGUGCAGAAGCACAACACGGCGGCGCGGCGCCUUUACAUCCGCGGCCACAACGGGAAGAUCUACCCCUACCUGGUGAUGAACGACGCCUGCCUCACCGAGUCCCGCCGAGAGGAGAGGGUCCUGCAGCUGCUGCGCCUCCUCAACCCCUGUCUGGAGAAGAGGAAGGAGACGACCAAAAGGCACCUCUUCUUCACUGUUCCCCGAGUGGUGGCCGUGUCGCCCCAGAUGCGGCUCGUGGAGGACAACCCCUCGUCCCUGUCGCUGGUGGAAAUCUACAAGCAGCGCUGCGCCAAGAAGGGCAUCGAGCACGACAACCCCAUCUCGCGAUACUACGACCGUCUGGCUACCGUGCAGGCCCGGGGCACCCAGGCCAGCCACCAGGUCCUGAGAGACAUCCUGAAGGAGGUGCAGGGCAACAUGGUUCCUCGCAGCAUGCUGAAGGAGUGGGCCCUCCACACCUUCCCCAACGCCACCGAUUACUGGACCUUCCGGAAGAUGUUCACCAUCCAGCUGGCCCUCAUUGGUCUGGCAGAGUUCAUGCUUCACCUCAACAGGCUCAAUCCAGAGAUGCUGCAAAUAGCACAGGACACGGGCAAGCUCAACGUCUCCUAUUUCCGCUUCGACAUCAACGACGCCACGGGCGACCUGGACGCCAACCGCCCCGUCCCGUUCCGCCUGACUCCAAACAUCUCCGAGUUCCUGACCACCAUCGGCGUGUCCGGCCCGCUGACCGCCUCCAUGAUUGCGGUAGCACGGUGCUUCGCUCAGCCCAACUUUAAGGUGGACGGCAUCCUGAAAGCGGUCCUCAGAGAUGAGAUCAUAGCCUGGCACAAGAAGACCCAGGAGGACACGUCCAUUCCGCUGUCCCCGGCCGGUCAGCCGGAGAACAUGGACUCCCAGCAGCUGGUCUCCCUGGUCCAGAAGGCGGUCACGGCCAUCAUGACGCGCCUCCAUAACCUGGCUCAGUUCGAGGGAGGCGAGAGCAAGGUGAACACUCUGGUGGCCGCCGCCAAUAGCCUGGACAACCUGUGUCGCAUGGACCCCGCCUGGCACCCCUGGCUCUGAGGGACCCACAUGCAGUGGACUUCAGGAAGUAGGACUAACAUGUCUGUUGUAUUACAUCUAUUUCAAACCCUGACAAAGGUUCAGAGGCGAACGCCGCUCUGCACUGAACCCAAUGGACUUUAAUUUGUACCUUGAUUUGAAAUACACUGAAUUCGUUCAAAAAGAGGAAUCGAGUUGAAACAAAAGCCCUGAUUGUCAGGUUGUUUGUGUGAACAAAGCUUUCCAUUAUACUUUAUAC